UCCCGCCGGCACGCAACGUACGUCUCUCGUGAUCGAUCUGUCUUCCUUACAACACUUUCAGUGACAGACAUCUAACCAAGGUGUCCAAGAUGUCGACCAUCCUCCAGCACAAAGCCUUCAGCGGCUCUUCCGCCUCUUUCUCCAGUUCUAGCGGCGGUGGUGGCGGCCGUGCGGGCGGCGGAGCGUCUUUCGGCGGCGGCGGCGGAGGCUUUAGCGCGGGGGGCAGGGCCGGCUUCGGCGGCGGCGGAGGCAGCGCUCGUGUCUCCAUGAGCUCCAGUAGUUUCAGUGCCAGCUCCCGCGGAGGCGGCUAUGGAGGAGGCAGGGCUGCAGGAGGGGGAGCCCGGAUGGUCGGGGCAGGAGGAGCAAGGGCAGGCGGCGGAGGCAGGAGCUACGGAGGAGUCUCCAUGACCGCAGAACAAGCCCAACAGAUGCUGGUGAACCUGGGCGAGGUCCGCGUCGACCGAGUCGGCGACAAGGACGAGCUGGCCGGGCUGAACGACCGUUUCGCCAGCUUCAUCAACAAGGUCCGCUACCUGGAAGACAUGAACCGCAAGCUCACCGCGCAGCUCGAGAUGGUACAGAGGAAGGGGGGAGCCGGGGCGCCCGACAUCGGCAAGAUGUGGGAGGCAGAGCUGAACAACAUCAGGAAGCUGAUCGAAGUCGUCAACAACGAGAAGAACGCACUGAACUCGGAGAAAGACGGCCUGCAGGGAGAGGCCGCGACUCUGAAAGCAAGCUAUGAGGAGGAGAAGACACGUAACGAAGGCCUGCAGGAUGAGAUCACGGCCCUCAGGCCUGACGUGGACAACGUGAGUGUAGAACGCGUGGACCUGGAGGCCCGGCUGGACACCAUCAAGGCAGAGAUAGACUUCCUCAAGGAGGUGUACGCAGCGGAACUGGACGCCCUCCGAGGACAGAUCCUGGACGACGGACCAGGCGGUGCUGGCGUUAUCAACAUCGACGCCGGCGGCGCGCCAGACAUCGACUUCCAGAGCAUCCUGGACGAAGUGCGCGCCCAGUACGAAGCCCUGGCACUGCAGUCUAAACAGGAGGCACAGGGAUGGUAUGACACAAAGAUCGCAGGUCUGCAGGGCCAGCAGGCCGGGGCCGGCAGAGGUCUGGAUGACGCCCGCUCGGAGCUGAGCAGGAUGACAAGCGAGCUGAAGAGGCUGCAGGCUCAGAUUGAAGCUGCCAAGGCCAGGAACGCCCAGCUCCAGGCCCAGCUCGACUCUGUUCAGGAACGCGGCACGCAGCAGCUGGAGGCUAAACAGGCGGAAAUCACCGCACUGGAGGAGGAACUGACCGAGCUCCGCAGCAAGAUCAAGGAACAGAUGGUAGAAUACCAGGCACUGAUGGCCGUCAAGAUGGCCCUGGACGUCGAGAUCGGCGCCUACCGCAAACUUCUGGAAGGCGAGGAGGGCCGCUUCGGACAGGGACUGUCGAUGGGCGGCGGUGGCGGCGGCGGCGGCGGUGGCGGUUUCGGCAUUGGUGGAGGCGGAGGCGGAGGCUUCAGCGCUGGCGGCGGCGGAGGUUUCAGCUCUAGCGGCGGAGGUUUCAGCUCUGGCGGUGGGGGCGGCUUCAAGGGCGGUUCCAGCGGAGGAAGCCUCCAGAUUCAAUCAGGUUGAUGUGUGCCGUGCCAAAUCACCGCGCACAACGCCCCCCUCGUGUCUGUCUGGCCACAUAAUCUCCUCCAACUUCUCAGCAAGAUGGCAACGAUUCUGCAGCACAGCGCCUUCAAGUCCAGCUCCUCGGCGUCUUUCUCGUCGAGUUCUGGUGGUGGCGGAGGCGGCAGCAGCUUCCGAAUGUCGUCCUCCGGUGGUGGUGGAGGAGCUGGCUUCGGCGGAGGGGCUAGCAUGGGCGGGGCGGCCGGUCUCGGAGGGAGGGCCAGUUUCGGAGGUGGUGGGGCCCGCAGCUCCUCAAGCUCCGCAAGCUUCAGCAUGUCUUCCCGCAGCGGAGGGGGAGGAGGCUUCCGCGCUGGAGGAGGUGGUGGAGCACGCAUGGUGGGAGCAAGAGGCGGCGGCGGCGGUGGAGCACGCAGCUUCGGAGGCGUCUCUAUGACCACAGAGCAGGCCGCCCAGAUGCUCACCAGCCUGGGCGAGGUCCGCGUGGACCGAACCGGCAACAAGGACGAGCUUGCCGGGCUGAACGACCGAUUCGCCAGCUUCAUCAACCAGGUGCGCUACCUGGAGAACAUGAACCGCAAGCUCACCAUGCAGCUACAGAUGGUGCAGAAGCAGGCCGGCGUUGGAGGGCCGGACAUCGGCAAGAUGUGGGAGGCAGAGCUGAACAACAUCAAGCGGCUCACCGAGGUCGUCAUCAACGAGAAGAACGUCCUGCAAUCCGAGAGCGACGGACUCAAGGCUGAAGUUACCAGCAUAAAAGCAAGCUACGACACAGAGCACACGACUGUGGAGACGCUUCGGGCGGAGGUGGACAAGCUGAGACCUGACAUGGACAGCGUGAGUGUAGAACGCGUGGACCUGGAGGCCCGGCUGGACACCAUCAAGGCAGAGAUAGACUUCCUCAAGGAGGUGUACGCAGCGGAGCUUGAGGCACUGCAGGGACAAGUGUUGGGCGGGGACGGCGGCGGCGUUUUUGAGCUGGAAGCCAUGGCGGCCCCUGAAAUCGACUUCGAGAGCAUCCUGCAGGACGUGCGCAUGCAGUAUGAAUCUCUGGCACUGCAGUCUAAACAGGAGGCACAGAGCUGGUAUGACACGAAGUUCCAGACCCUGCAGCAGCAGAGCGGGUCUGCCAGUGGCGGUUUGGACGCUGCCCGUGCCGAGCUGUCCAAGUACGGCAGUCAGAUGAAGCAAAUACAAGCACAGAUAGACGCCGCCAAAUCAAGGAACGCGCGGUUUGAGGAACAACUAGCGGCCGUGGAGGCGAAGGGAGUGGCCCAGCUCGAGGCGAAACAGACUGAGAUCAGCGCUCUGGAGACGGAACUACAGGAACUGCGCGGUCAGAUCUCCGUGCAGAUGGCCGAGUACACCCAGCUCAUGAACGUCAAGAUGGCGCUGGAUGUGGAGAUCGCCGCCUACCGUAAACUGCUGGAAGGUGAGGAGAGCCGCCUAGGCGCGGGGCUGUCACUCGGCGGAGGUGGAGGCGGAGGAGGAGCCGGAGGUGCGAUGAUGCUCGGCGGCGGUGGAGGCGGCGGCAUGGGAGGUGGCUUCGCGGGGGGUAGCUCCAGCUUCGCGGGGGGUAGCUCCAGCUUCGCGGGGGGUAGCUCCAGCUUCAGCUCUUCCAGCUCUACCUUCAAAGCCAGUGGCGGAGGAAUGUCCAUGUCCAUGUCGUCUGGGACGUUCUAAUUCACCUCUACAUCCGGGCGAUUCAACUUGGCACCCGCAGUUGAAGUAGAAGUCGUUAACUAGACUUCUGGCCUAGAGAUAAAAGCUGGUGACUAGCCUACAGUGGGGGAAUGAACAGCACAGCCCAAAUGUCAACAGGGUUUCCAUACACUAAGAAAGUGUAUGCUGCUCCUAGAUCACAUAGUAAUUACGCCUCAUGCAAGUAAUAGUGUAGCUAAGCGCUUUUCCUGCUGCAACUUUUGAAGUUAGCCCGUUUGUUUUUGUUGGAAAUUUCGAGCAAUGUGUGGUGGCUGCUUUCUGCAUAGUUCCAUUGUAUUACACAUUUCAAAAGACCUUUAACCCCUGAGGUCUUACAAUUAUUCAGAAAUCAGAUACUUAAGACAAAUGUUUUACAUCAAUUGGUUCUGUAAUUGCUGGGGUUUGCUUAACGUUAAGUACCUUUAUAUCAUAAAUUCCCUGGGUGAUUGCGUCUUGGCCAUAAUUAGCAAUCUCUUGUUAAACAAGUGGUUGUGAAUAAAGGGCUUUACUAUUAAGUUUUGUACGUAGUACCUCAUCUGUCGAUCUGUUA